CACAGUUUCACCAUGGCUUCCGAUCCUGUCAUACCAGAGCCGCCGCGAGCACUAGAGGAAAUUGCAAUCAUCGACAACUCGUUGUCGUUCCCAAGUUUCACUUCUCAUACAGCUUGGGAGGUGGGUUCACGCCUGCGAAAUCGCUUGUUGGCAUUCUCGAAACCAGCCGUGAUAGACAUCAGCCUAGCUCAUGGGCACCAUUGCCUUUUUCACGCGACUACGCACUCAGGGACCUCGCCUGACAAUGACAGCUGGGUAGCUCGAAAACGGAACACGGUCUUGCGAUUUGGAUCGUCCACUUGGUACAUGCACAACAAGUUCAAAGGAGACGAGGCUCAAUUUGCAUCCAAAUUUGCUUUAGGGACGAAGGCGAGCGAAUAUGCAGUCCACGGAGGAGGCUGGCCAGUUCGCGUGCAGGGUGUUGAAGGUAUAGUGGCUGUCAUUGUGGUGAGCGGCCUCAGGCAAGAGCAGGAUCAUGGCAUUAUUGUACAAACCGUACGAGAAUUUCUUGACGAGCUGGGCAUCGAGAUGGGCGAGAAGAAGAAGGAAGACUGAGAACAGCUGUGUCAGGCUCUGACAUAGUGUGUUCAGCAAUGCGGAGACCAGAUCCGACAUAUCACACAAUGGGCAAUCCUACUGCGUCUUGGAAGCUACAUGGAAGCAUUAGAGCGAGGCGUCUCAGAUCGCUACAAGUCUCAUCGCCACACUUUCGAAUCGAAGGUAUGAAUGAUGAAAUACCGC